CCAAGAGAUUAAGUGAAGAAGCAUCACACGUGGAUUCUAAGAUUUCACACCUCAGACUCGUGCAAUGUGCAAGAAUGGUAAGGACAGAGAGUCUAUUUUAGUGAGCCACUCACAUGAGCGCUGGAUUCUAUAUAUCUACCUCCUUUCUGCCCUUCCCGUCUCAGAAAAAGACGCCUGUGAGUAUUUGUCACCUGCUGAAUAGGGUAAGGAGUUUUAUGUUGAUGAGCUUUUUGAUGCAAUACUCUUGCUAUGAAUUGAGAGAACUGAUGCUACUCCAAAUGUAUCGGGAUUAAAAAGCAAGGAAGGCUUUUGUUUUCCUCUGAACAUGCAUUCUGUUCAUUUCUGUUAUAAUUUGAUUACUUGUCUGACAAUUAUGAGUAUUUUAGGCUUCGUUGUUGGUUUGACCUUUUCGACAAUGUCACACAAUGUUCGUGUCCUCUUGGUGUGGAACUGCACCCCAUGCUGUAGAGGAUUUCUUAAUCAGAAGUGAUGCAUUUUGAUUUUUUACCACAGUAAAUUAACUGGGAUUCUUCUCUAUAAAAAAAAGAAUGACAAGAAAUGAUAGUUUUCUUUUGUAUUCUUUGUGUUAAAGAUAUAUAUUAUAACAGGAGGAGACACAUAAAGCUGCAACCAUGUCUGAAGGGUAAGCACUCGCGUCUCAUUUACCUCUCAUAAUACACCACACCAACUUACGACAAGACAUACAACAAAUGUAACAAAUGCACCUUUUCUCCUUCUCUUCUUGAAAUGUGGACACCAACUUCCUAACUGGACAGGGCUUCGAAACCAAAGCCAAAGAUCUCUGCAUCCCGCAGACUUUUCUUGAAGGUAUAUUCUGUGUAACCGCCUGUUGGAUAGUAAUGCCCGACACAUCUCCAGGUGUAAACCGUUCAUUGUCUGGUUGUCUGGGGCGUAACUCUGUCCAUGUACGUGCACCAGACCAAACUGAUGAAGAAGGCCGUGAUUAUGGUGGACAAUGAGAAGCAGGAAAGAAAAGAGGAGCGAGAGAGAACCCUCUCUGAGAGAGUCCCUGUCCUCCAACUGUCAAGCAUGUCUUUGCAGGAUCUACAGAAAAUUUGCAAAGAGCUGGCCCAGAAAAUUGACGGGGUUGAUGAAGAGCGGUAUGACGUUGAUUCUAAAGUGAAGAAAAAUAGUACCGAGAUAAAGGACCUGUCUCAGAAGAUCAUUGAGCUGAAGGGCAAGAAGAGGCCGGCUCUGAAGAGGGUGAGGGUGUCUGCUGACGCCAUGUUGGGAGCUCUGCUGGGCGCCAAGGUCAAAGAGUCCGUGGACUUCAAGGCCAACCUGAAGACUGUGAAGAAAGAGGAGGAAAAGAAAGAGGAAGUGACCGAUUGGCGUAAGAACGUGGACACCAUGUCCAAGUCCGGCAUGGAGGGCAGGAAGAAGCUGUUUGAUGCCGCGGUGUAGAUGUUGUGGCAGAAUUCUUUGUGAAAGAUAUUUGCUGCAGGUGGAACCAGUGAAACAUGUGACUGCUGUUUACUUAAUAAUGCAAGCGAGCCAAGUAAAGAUCAAGUCAAUAGUGAAAGAGUUUAAUUUUGAAUAAUAUCUAAUAAUUCAUUCAAUACAUAUAUCGAUUUUUACAUAAUGUAUGAAAAUACUAUGUUUUUAGCACUUAGCGAUAAGCACUAUAUCGCCUUUGUAGUUUUAGCAUCUAUAUGAAUUCAUGAACUCAGCUCCAGUUUUGGCUGUUCAGGUCUCCUGUAGUAAUGUAAGUGUCUUUUGAACCAUGGCCUUAUAUAACAACGUAAAACACAGAGAAGAACAUUUCUGUGUAUACUUGUGUUUAUGAGAAAAUAAAAAAUGGAUAUUGG